AUGGCGCCCCGCGAAUACCGUCGCUUCCCACACAGCGAAACCUGCGCCGAGUGUCCUGCCCGGCGAUGGUAUCUUGAAAACGGCAGACGAUAUUGUGAAAAUGGUCAUGAGGUUGAGGGCUACAUCCAAUACGACGUCGACGAAGAAGAUAACUUUGGCAAACAAGGCUCCAUCGCCCGCAAGGCCAAGGAACGCCGCACCACCGAGCGGAAACACCUUACUGGCCAGCCUGCGCGCGAACUUUAUCUGGAGUGUCUUCAGUUUUUACUCAGGAAGCAGUUAUUAUGGCUGGUGCGGAAGAAAGGUUUUCACCCCGAGCUGGAGGCUGUGUGUAGAGAUUUGUGGGUGCUGAGAGUGAGAGAGUUUCCUGGUUUGGUGGGAAAGAGGGAUGAAGGGAAGAAGGGGAGGAGAAGGUCCCGGGGUACGGGAUCCGAGUCUGAAGGGACGGCGCAAGGGACGAGCGGGAGUGAGCUGGAGAUGUUCAGUACGCAGAGUUCGGGAGGGAGUGAGACGGAGGGGGAGGGGGUUGCUACCGGACGGGAAGAAGGGGAUGGGGUGAAAGGGAGGAAGAGGAGGAGCUGGAAGAAAGAGGUUUGGCCGUUGCCGGGGGUCAUGGAUACGCUGGCGAUUGUAUAUUUAGGGUGUGUGUUGAGGGGGGAACCGGUUAGGGUCGGGGAUGUGUGGCGGUGGGCGAGGAAUAAUCAGAUUCCGUUUCUGAUGGCGGCCAACUAUCUCCCCAAGAGCUGGCGAGAUCGGCUGCCGGGCUGGGCUCAUCACGCGCUGUUGACGAGAUAUGUCCGGUUCGAGGGCGGCGAGCUGCAUAGAGCAGUUAUGAAUCUCAUGUUGGGGUAUAAGGAGAACCAUGGGCUGGUGUUCCCUGAGAUAUCCACCUCUCCAAUGCUGUUCUUACAUAUCAGGGACUUGGCGCUACCUCCCGAAGUCCAUCCCUUCGCGCAAAAGAUAUGCCGUCUGCUCAACCUACGUUUCUCCUUCCCCACGAGACAGCCCCCUCCCACGAAGUACAGGUUUCUCGACAUCCCCGAUGUGCUUCUCAUUGCGGCGCUGGUGGUAGCUACCAAACAUCUCUAUCCCAUGGACGGCAUCAAGCGGUACCCGCGCGACGCAAAUGACCCCAUAUGUCGGCAAAUGGACUGGAAGGUCUGGGAAGAGGAGUUCUCCAAGCAGUCGAGCAAGAAGACGCCGAUACUGGAGUACGAGCGUCUGGACCCUCAAGAGAUAUGGACUAUGGACAAGGAGCAAAUCAAUGAGCUGCUUAAUUGGUUCCAGGAGACGCAGAUUGAUAGUCACAAACCCGAUGACACCGAAAUCGAGCGUUUCUUCCCCCUCGCCGAGGUCCCGGGUAUACCAGAAGUCCCAGAGGCCUCUCAGGAGGAGAUUGAGGCUCGACUCGUGCGGAUACAGAGCGCCAUGAAGACAGUCCAGCCGGUGCCUGACCCAGGUGAUGGGACUGGAAGGCACAUCAAGAGGAUUGGCUCAGACUACCGGCGCUAUAGGUCUGAGGAGGAGUUAGAAGGACAUGUCAAGAAGUUUUACGAGGUAGCAGCUGAAGUAUCAGGGCUGUCGGUGAGGGAUCUCGUCAGAGCGGUUUAUACGCUGGAGGAGAUGCUCAAGGUGUGGCAGACCGAGGAGAAGAGGCGGUUAAAGAGGGAGGAGGAGGGGAGUGAUGAGGACCGCAGCGAUUCUAACCCCCACCAAAUUUUACGGCUUCCUGCGAACUCUCCCGUCAUCCUCACCAGCAAGUCCGGCGACAAUCGGUCAAGAAUCUUCGUUAAGACUCUCACGGGCAAGACCAUCACCCUCGAGGUCGAGUCCUCGGACACGAUCGAGAAUGUUAAGGCGAAGAUUCAGGACAAGGAGGGCAUCCCCCCAGACCAGCAGCGCCUGAUCUUCGCUGGCAAGCAGCUCGAGGAUGGCCGCACUCUUUCUGACUACAACAUCCAGAAGGAGUCGACCCUCCACCUCGUCCUCCGCCUCCGUGGUGGUAUCAUUGAGCCCUCGCUCAAGGCUCUUGCCUCUAAGUUCAACUGUGACAAGAUGAUCUGCCGCAAGUGCUAUGCUCGUCUCCCGCCCCGUGCCACCAACUGCCGCAAGCGCAAGUGCGGCCACUCGAACCAGCUUCGCCCCAAGAAGAAGCUCAAAUAA